AUGGCUGUCUCCAAACCUGGUGAUGGCCCACAUGAUGGUUGGAAUGAUCCACCUUUGUUUAGUUUCAACACGUCUGCUCAGGGGGUAGCAUCUCCCCGGCGCACCCUCCUGAAUAAGCGUGUUAGUUUCCCUUUAAGCUCUGGUGCAGCUGCAGAAAUGCCUUUAGUUCCUCAGGAUCCAGAUUCUGCAGGUAUGCUUUUGAAUCCUGAAGGUGGGCCUCCUAAGCUUCCACCGGUACACAUACUUCCACCCUCGUCAUCAAUCUCAGUCCAUCCACCGGUUCCACUUCUUUUGCAAAACUUGAGCCCACCUGUUGAUCACAGCAUGCUUCCGCCCUCCUUUGCCUCUGCUAUACGGGAUCCCAAAAAUCAAGAGACUCUUCCUGAGCUUUUGGAGAGACUCAAGCUGGACUCGGCUGAUUCUUUGAGAAAAUACACAAAGAGAAUCUUGCAUGAAAUGGUGGAUGUGUGUAAAGACAGUAUUCAGGGACGAUCUAGAGAGGAUGUUCAGGCUCGCUUGAGUUUGUUGGAUGACCAAUGGAGAGACGGGAAAUUGUCAGAAGACGCUCAGAUAAAAUUGGGGUGUCUUGCUUCUGCACUGAAGAGCAACGACCUGAGACAAGCCGACAGCUUGCACCUCAGUUUGAUGGUUGACCAUAUUUCUGAGGUGAGCCAAUGGAUGGUCGGGGUUAAACGCCUGAUUAACGAAUUGAAAAUCUCCCAGAUGCCACUUCCAUCAUCGUCCCCCAAGAAGUUAUUCCUGCCUUCAGAGACAUCAACCACAGAAGGCAACCAACUAGGAACAGAGAACCAGUUGACAGCCGAAGACUUAUGCAUCGAUACUGACAAGCUUGUCAGUUUGAAACCAGUUCUCCAGCAGGAGGAUCUAGUGCAGGACACAACCCAUCUGGAGCAGCAUGGACAGCAUUUUCAGGAAAGUGAGCCAAAUCAGGAACACUUGGUGCAACAUCAAGAGCAGCCUUGUCCUAAUAUUGUUGAUAGUGAUAUAUCCGGUAUAGAACCCACGGAUAAUAGGUGA